GCGGAGCCCGCCCGCGGAGCCCGCCCACCGCCGCCGUCGCUGAGGGAGGGUACCAAACUCCAUUUGCUUGCUGUCCUCCGAGCUGUCAAAGUCACAUAUAGAGGUACAGAUGGACCUGAUGAUGGGAUUGCUCUCCAACAGCCUUUGUGCAAGCUCGCUCCUGGCCCGCAUGUGACGGUGAACCAACAGGCAGAAGUGACUCCCACACCUCAUCCUUACACACCAGGGAGCAGCAGGCCAACUGCAGCAAGGCUAUGGAUUCUGAAUCAAAGAACAGUUUCAUAGGAAGCUUUCUUCAGCCACCAGAGAAGAUGCGUCCCGCAGCCUUUGCUUAUAUAGAAUCAAAGAAGUUGGCAGCUGUUGGUGGUGACAGGCGUCCUAUCCCCAAUAACCAAGCUGUGGUGGCAGCCCUGAAAACUCUUCAAGAAAAGAUCCGCCAUCUAGAGUUGGAGAAGUCAGAGGCUGAAGAUAAUCUCUGCAGUCUCUCCAUAGCAGCUGCUCAGUAUAAGAAGGCCUUAGAGCACGAAUCCUACAAAAAGGACACAGUACAUCAAGAACUGAUGCAACAGAGGAAAGAUAUAAGCGUGCAGUUAAAUGCAGCACAGUCCCGCUGCUCCCUGCUGGAGAAACAGCUGGAUUACAUGAGGAAAAUGGUUUGCAGUGCAGAACUGGAAAAGAAAAGGGUUUUAGAACAACAGGCCCAGCUUCAGAAAGAGGAAGAUCAGAACCGCUUAGAACUGCAUGCAAAACUUGAAAAGCUUGACAUGCUUGAAAAAGAAUGUCUUAAACUUACUGCUACUCAGAGAAUUGCAGAAGACAAGAUCAAAUACUUAGAAGAAAGGCUUUGUAAAGAAGAGCAUCAGCGUAAGCUUAUACAAGAAAAAACUGCUCAGCUUCAAACAGGGUUUGACAUAAACAGAAUUUUGAUGUCUUCAGUAAUAUCUCAAAAUGAACCUAAAAAGGAAAACAGGAAGAAGAAAAAAACUAAGGGAAAUCCUACAAUGAAGAAAAUGCACCUUUCACAUUUACAUGUAAAGGCUGGUGAACUACCUUUUGUGGCUGGGAAGUCUGUCAGCGCCAGCCAUUCUGUUAGUGCAAAUGUCCAAAGUGUGUUGCAUAUUAUGAAGCAUCGCAACCCACGUGUCUCACCACGAAGCCAAGGAAGAGCUACAUCUGGGAUUUCAGGACACAGUGCAGUUUCAAAAUCUGUAUCCUCUUGUUCCACAUCACCUACUGCCACCAGAAGUCUGUCGGACCUUCUGUUGGCCAUACAAGAUGAGCUGGGCCAAAUGAGCUUCAAGCAUCAAGAACUUCUGAAGAAGAUACAGGGGACUCAAGACUCCAAAGUUCGUGAAGACCUAGAACAGGAGCUGGAUUGCCUUGUAAAACAAAUGGAAAUUAAAGGAGAACAAAUAUCCAAGCUGAAAAAACACCAGGCUGCUGUGCAGAAAUUAAAGAGAAAAAUUCAGAAAUUGAAGCAAGGGGCAGCUCAUGUUGAACUAAAGUGUGGUGACCAAAAGAAAGCAAAGGAGAUUCCAGUCACUGUAAGGAAAAGUUUAUCUAAAUCUUGUCCUGGGCAGAAAAGCAGAAGCUCUCUUCAGCUGCUAAAAAAUGUGCAGAAACUUCAGUCAACACUGAAAAAAGAUGAUAUAAUGUGGGAACAACAGUACUGAAGUUUACUCUGUUAAACAUUUUUGAAGUUAUAUGACAGCUAGUAAAUUUUUAAUUUCACAAAAUACUUUUAAAAAAUAAAAUAGGGAUAGCGGAGAUACAGAUUUACAUUCUAAACUGCCUUCUCGCUAGUAGGUCAGUUUGUUCACCUCAGAAUUAACUUUCAUGUAAGGUAGCUAUAAUUCAACUACACUAACGUUUAAUAAAGCAUUUUAAUGAAUUAAUGAAAUACUCAUUGACAUGUCAAAUAAAAUUUUAUUCCUUUUUUUACACUUAAAAUAGUAUGCAAUCUUUGGUGUCCUGUUCUUCCUGCUGCCAAGGAGAUACUCAGAGCUUGCUUUUCCAGAUUGACUUGGGCUAGUGCUUCUGUUCAAAUAAAAGCAGUGUUUUCCCUUUUCUCUAAGAACUGAAGAUUUGGAUCAUUUCAACUGUGGCAGAAGAGGUAUUGUCUCUUAUUAUAUACGUUAUCAUUAUUAUUAAUAGUAUUACUCUAUCAGCUUUAUUGACAAUCUCAG